GCCCGGGGCGGCGCGGGCGGGGCGGGCCCGCGCUCCGGGCGGCGGCGGCGGCGGCGGUGGCCGGGCCCGCGCCAUGAGCAUCGAGACGCUGCUGGAGGCGGCGCGGUUCCUGGAGUGGCAGGCGCAGCAGCAGCAGACCGCACGUGAGGAGAAUGAGAAGCAUGAGAAGCUCUGCCUGGAGAGGGAGCAGGAGCAGAAGAAGGCAGGCAAGGCCAGCGUGCCGCGGGCCAACAGUGCCGUGUCCCCCGAGGAGCCCCGGAGCGAACUGCUGGUGCCCAUCUCCCCCCCGGGCCCAGUGCCCCUGCCACCCCCGCCGCUGGCAGCUCCCAUCUCAGUCAUUCCCAUCCCAGUUGUCACCAGUUCCCCCCAGCAAGCAGCCCAGGCCGCCCUUUCGCCGCCGCUGGUGCAGCGCCACCAGCCCCUCGUAAGCACUCCCAGCGUCCCCAAGGAGGCGUCCUCGGUGGCCCCGGUGAUCCAGCGGCCGCCGGGCCCGCAGCCGCCGGACGGGAAAGCCUCGAGCCCGCCGUCGGGCAGCCCCAAGCAGCUGCAGCACUACACAGCACCGGUGCUGGCCAUCUCCCAGCACCAUGUGGUGCCUCAGCCCAUCCAGCCCCUGCAGCACCCGGCAGCGCCCGCGCCGCUCGGCGCGCUGAAGCUGGCACCGGCGGACGACAUGAAACCCAUCGAGCUCAAGAAGAGAAUUGGAGGGGUUGGGACCAGGGAAGUACAUAAUAAAUUGGAGAAGAACAGACGUGCACAUUUGAAAGAGUGCUUUGAGACUUUAAAGCGCAACAUCCCCAACGUAGAUGACAAGAAGACCUCAAACCUCAGCGUCCUCAGGAGUGCCUUGCGAUACAUCCAGACUUUAAAAAGGAAGGAAAAAGAAUAUGAGCACGAGAUGGAGCGGCUGGCGAGAGAGAAGAUCGCUACCCAGCAGCGGCUGGCAGAUCUGAAGAACGAGUUGAGCCAGUGGAUGGAUGUCUUGGAGAUUGACAGAAUUAUUCGACAGACAGUUCAGCCAGAGGAUGACCAGGCAUCUACCUCGACAGCAUCAGAGGGUGAAGACAACAUGGAUGAAGAUAUGGAAGAUGACAGGCCAGUGAACUCAUUACCAAAACUCACCCAGCGCCAGCACCCAGAGCUGCUGAAAGCCGUCCCCCCCAGUGCUGCUCCCCCCCUGCCCACGGUCCUGCCCCCGCACGUGUCCAUCCAGCAGAAGCCCCACGCCCAGCCCUCCCUCCAGACGCAAGCACUGGUGCCGCCGCAGGCGAUCGUCCCUGCACAGACUCACAUCGUGGCGGCCUCCACCGUGCAAUCGACUGUUAUCGCCCACACGGCCACCACCCACGCCUCGGUCAUCCAGACUGUCAACCACGUCAUUCAGGGUCCACAGACCAAGCACAUCGCUCACAUUGCACCUUCCACAUCCAGCCCCGUGCAACUCACCACUGCUGCUCAGCCCAUCGGCCACAUCACUGUGCACCCGGCCACCAUCAACCACAUGGCCCACCUGGGCCCGCAGCUGCCCAUCUACCCCCAGCCCGUGGCCGUGAGCCAGCCCGUGGUGAGCCACAUCGCUCACACCAUCUCGCACCAGCAAGUGAACGGCACCGCGGGCCUGGGCCAGCCCGUGAUGGCCAAGCCGGCCGUGGGAGCCCAGGUGGUUCAUCACCCGCAGCUGGUGGGGCAGACGGUGCUGAACCCCGUGACUAUGGUGACCAUGCCCUCAUUCCCCGUGAGCACGCUCAAGCUGGCCUAGAGGCAACGUCCAGCGGCCAGGUCUUUGUUGGGAACCUUUCCUAAGGAAACUCCAUACAUUCCAACUGCACCCGGCUCGGCUCGGCUCGGCUCGGCGCAGGGAGCGCAGCAGUGCCCGGGGCAGAGCGGCUGUCCCGGGCUGUCCCGGGCUGUCCCGGCUGCCCCAGCCCCACCUGUCCCCUGCCGGGGCCGCUCCACCCGGAGCUGCUCAUCCCAGAAACUUCAGAGACAGUUCUUCGUGGUGAUUUUUUUUCCUUUUACGUGUAAUGAGUGAACUAUGGAUAUGAUGUUCUUAAGACUUUAAUUUCGCCCUCUUAUGUGUUGCUUCUUUGUAGAAUAAAAAUUGCUGAUCUCUUUAUUGAGACAUUGCAUAGAAUGGGAAAAAAAAUCAUAGAAGUCUAUAUUUAUAUAUAUGUGUGUAUGUGUGUGUAUAUAUAUGUAUAUACAUAUAUAUAUAAAUAUAACAUUUGAAGGCCUUUUGUAAGGUUGAUUAUUUUGCAGGAUUAUGAGACAAAAUUCAUUUUUGGAGGAAGAAGACAGUGUCCUCUCUAAACAAGAAACUAUAAGAUAGAUGGUUUGGUGGACCAGAGUACAGUGACAAAAAAAAAAAAAAACAACAACAAACCACGAGUCAAACCAUGUUAAAGGUAUUAUUGCAUUUCAAAAACCAUCUAAAAUCACUGUGAAUUGUUAUGGCAUUUUAAGGAAAUUCUCUGUCCUGUCUAAUAAAAGGAAA